CGACCGACUCUUCCAGUCUACUCGCGAGUUUCCUUCAACCUCCCGUCCUCUUCGAUCCGUGCGCCAUGGCGCCCAAGGCGGAGAAGAAGCCGGCUGAGAAGAAGCCCGGGGAGGAGAAGGCCGAGAAGGCCCCCAAGGCGGAGAAGAAGCCCAAGGCCGAGAAGCGGCUGCCGGCCAAGGAGGGCGGCGACAAGAAGGGGAAGAAGAAGGCCAAGAAGAGCGUCGAGACCUACAAGAUCUACAUCUUCAAGGUGCUCAAGCAGGUGCACCCGGACAUCGGAAUCUCCUCCAAGGCCAUGUCGAUUAUGAACUCGUUCAUCAACGACAUCUUCGAGAAGCUCGCGCAGGAGGCGGCGCGCCUCGCCAGGUACAACAAGAAGCCCACCAUCACGUCACGCGAGAUCCAGACCUCGGUCCGCCUCGUCCUCCCCGGCGAGCUCGCGAAGCACGCCGUCUCCGAGGGCACCAAGGCCGUCACCAAGUUCACCUCCUCCUAGAUUGCUGCUAGAUGAUGCGCUAUCUUUGACCUUUUC